AUGUUGAAAUAUUCGAGCAGCGGUUACUACAGCUGUUUGGCAGUAAUCCUUGUGGUUAUUGGUUGGUCGGCUACUGUGGAAGCCAUAGACUGCUUUAAGUGUGUGUCUAUGAACGGUCGGUUCCCGGCGUGUGAUGACCCUUUCCACAACAAUCACAGCCUGCAAAUGUUGGAGUCUCCUUGUAUGGGAGGCAGAAAAGGCAGGGAUGGUCUAUUCCCUGCCACUUCUUGCAUUAAAAUUGCCGGUGUUUUUGAUGACACAGGAGAGACCAUAACAGUACGAGGCUGUGGUCUGGACUCCGGUACAGCGACCACUGACACGGAGAUCAUCAGGAUGUCGCACUGUGGGAGAUUUUACUACGACGAGAGAUAUGUUCACGGUUGUCUACAAAGCUGCAACGAUGCCGACGCUUGUAAUAAUUCCCAUAAACUACAACAUAAUAUCUCAGCCUUACUAUUAACGAUCGCAUUCAUAUUAUACACCAGCUAA